AAACGAAAUGCCGUCGACACCACGGUUCACGGUGACGCAAGAUGACAAGAUGGUGUACGUCGAGAUCCGUGUGCCGUACGUGCGGGUGACUGAUAUGGAGUACCACAUCGAUGGAGCCCACUUCACCUUUUGGUGCAAACCGUAUCUGCUCAACCUGACGUUUCCAGACGCAAUCGUCGACGAUGACCGCGCCAAGGCGGUGUACGACAUGAACAAGGAGCAUGGAACGAUUACGGUCCAUCUUCCCAAGGAGACGCCAAACGCGCACUUUCCCGACCUUGACCUGCUCACGACGCUGCUCCAGCAGAAGAAGUGGCGGCCCCAGGACGAAGGUCUCCCAGACAGCUUGCCCAAUCCCGCACCUUUGAUCGAAGUUAUUGGAAGCGUGGGCGAGUCAACUGAGCCUUCGCCAGUUGGCGUGACGCGUUCUGUGUCGCCUUCCCGAGCAAAUGCCAAUGAUUCCAGCUUGCUUUCGUUUGAAAAACCGAAAGAAGCCAUGUCGCUCCACGUGGGGCCGCCGACGUACGGCUUCAACAACCGAUUUUCGGAUUUUUUCAAAUGCUGGCAUGGCGAACUACAUGAAGUCCUUUCGUUGCCGACACCCGAGGCAUCGACGCCCGCUGAGCGAACAACAAUGCGCCGUGCUUUGGAAGACAAUGACUUUGACGUCGAGCGGUACUUGUUGGACUUUGCCAACGAAAGCGAGGACGAAUACUUUCAAGCUGCCAUCGCGUACGAGCCGUUCUGGGCCAACCUACCAGUGUACACCCCUCCGCCUCCUCCAGCGCCAACUCGCAAGGUCCUCAUCGCCGAUGUCACAGACGGUAUUGCCAACGUGACGAUACAAUCCGACAAUCCCACACCAUCGAACGAACCCAGUGUUGUUUUUACUGAGAAAGAGCUCGAAGCGCUGCGGCGACUUCCUCGUCGAGAGUACCUUCCAUUCACGUCCGCCGAAGCCGCGAUAGUUUGGCACGGCUUACUCGACAUUCUGGCUGCGUAUUGCUAUGACAUGCGGACAAACCAAGGCGACCCGACUGUUGAAUCCGCCUGGACAAUUUCAAUUUUGAGCUCGACAUUGUCUUGGCUGGACCCGGCGCCGUCGACGACAGAUAUAGUCCGCAACACCGUACGGCGAAUCCUAACCUAUCCGUUCUUGCGCCAAUGGGCCCUUUCGUCGGCCGCGAUCAAAGACGUCGUCGCGGUGCUGCGCCGGGGCAAACGAGUCGUCUUGCGCGUGCUGCUAGCGAUCCAUGCCGUGUUUGAAUCGUCCGAGACGUACUACCUCCUCAACACGCUCUACAUCAACGACUACGCAACGUGGAUACAGUCGGUGACAGAUGCACAGACCAACGACUGGGCCACCAAGCUCGAGACAGCGCACGCUGCAUUCCACAAGGCAGAUUCCGGGUGGGCCUUGGCUGACAUUGAAGCUGUUCUGUAUGAAAACGACAAAGAGUCGACCGACGAAAGUCGCAACGACGCAUCGGACGACGAAAGCGACGACGACUCGACGCAAUGACCAUCCGUCGCGCAAGAAGAACUAGGGGCAGUCACCUCAUGUCCCUGGAACAAAGCGGUAAACGGGAACGUACCGGUGGCUGAACUGAGCACUCGAACGCAUGAACAGAAUAGAGAGAUAGAUUGCUUGUUCUUCUGGGCCUCUGUGUCCACGCUGUCUUUGUCAGGAUGGCUCAUUUGUCGCCUCAUCCUCUUGCGUUUGACUUCGACCUGCCAUCAAUAGCAAGCACUUCC